UUCAGAGUGCCAGUGGUGUGCGCGUAACGCCUCUCCCCGCUGCCUGGCACUCGAGCAACUUUCGUGUGUACGUGUGUGUGUGCGUGUGCCUUUAACAGUUUUUCUACUCCUCGUGUGGGGGUAUAAAGUUCACAUGGGAGCUGACUUCUUGUCGGUGUAGGUGUGUUGGUGUGCCGACAGACUCGUGCCGGUUUGAACUGUGGUGGAGGGCGCGGGGCCCCAGUGUUGUGACGCGUUGACUGACAAACCCGGGCCGCGUGUCAGGCCCAUGACGCACGCCGCCUGCUGCUGCUGCUGCCCGCCUGCCGCCAUGCGCUCUUGAUACGCGGACAUCAUGCAAAAGUGGUUCAGAAUUUGUAACAAUGGCGGCGAGGGGUCGGGCGGCGGCUCGGGCAGCGCGAAAGGCCGCGCGUCGCUGCGGGACACUCAGGCGGCGCUGGCCACCGCCCUGGAGAGCCUCGAGGAGAAGGACAGGCAGAUCAAGCGACUGCAGGAGGAGCUGAAGGAGCGGGACGCCAGCAUCGCCACGCUCACCACGCAGCUGGACAAGCUCCGCUCCGUGCUGCCGCCGCCCACGCCCCGCACGCUACACAACCGCCUGUCGCUGCGCACGCACAACUCCCGCAACAACAACAACAACGAGCAUCAUAACCGCAACAGCCUGCAGAACGACCGCCUCUAUCAUGGCAUGGUCUCGCUGCGCUACCCCGACCUGCAGAGCGGCCUGCACGGAGUCGCCGAGUCGCGGGUGAAGCGCACGGCCAUCUCCGCCGAGCCCGCCGCCCAAGACUUCGAGGAGUUCUACGACCCCAUCUACGCGCCCGUGGUGGUGCCCAAAUCCGAGGAAUCGAAGGACCUACUGCGUCAGGCGAUCCUGGAGAAUGACUUCCUCAAGAACCUGGAGAUGGGUCAGGUCAAGGAGAUCGUGGAGAGCAUGUACAGCGUCACCUACGAGGAGGGGGCGCUCAUCAUCAAGGAGGGCGACAUCGGCUCCAUGCUCUACAUCAUGGAAGGUGAGUACAGAAUUUCGCCCUCGUACUUCAGUUUUCUUUCAUUUCAUUCAUCUUUACCUCGUCUUACACUUAUCUACUUGCUGUCUCUUUAUUUAUUUAUUUAGUUUUUCAUUUACCGU